AUGCGCCCUCUUAUCGUGACCUGCCACCGCCAGCUGACAGUGGUGGAGUUUGCAUGGAUAGAGAGUUGUCUCAAGCACGGCUCUCGCCUUCCCGAAGCUAAGUUUUUGCUUCGCUCCUCACACAGUGCCUCACACAACGCCUCGCACGGCCCACUGUCACAUCAAGGCGCAGCAGCAACUAGCGUUGGGGGAGUUAGCCCCUCCAAUGCUGAUUUUCCUGCGGACAGGGAGAGCGGGGCUUUUUCUGAGCGAAUCAGGAGUGGACACGUGGGCGCUGCAGGUGACAGCGUGGGGAGAGAUGAGGGGGGUGGGAAGGACGAGGAAGGAAAUGGGGGAGUUCCAGGUUUGACCUUGGCUCGACAGUUGCCGGAGGGGAGUAUAGGAGGGAAGGAGGAGGGCAGUGAUGAGGAGGAAGAAAACGGGGCGGCGACGGGCUGUGCUACCGUCCAGGGUGGGCGGCAGGUUUCGGAGCUUUCUGAGGAGGAGAAGGCGUUCUGGAUGGAGGUGAUAUUUGAGAGUGCAGCCUGGGCGGCAGUUGUGGGGGAGGAGGAAGGGGGCGGGCGCGAGGGGGGGAGUGGGGGAGGGUAUGGGGGGAAGAGGGGAUGGGGGGGAGGAGGCAGAGGGGGUGGGAAAUGGGGAGGGGGAGGGGGGAAGCGGAGGUACGUGAGUGGUACAGACAGGUUUGGGGCGGAAUGGAAACGGUGGAAGCCGGGGGAAAAAGGGGAGAAGGGGGGAAAGAGAGGCAAGGGGGGACGCGGAGAUGAGGAGAUUGAUGGGGUGGGGGGCAUGGGUUUGUCCGGGCGAGUGAUACAGCUGGUGAGGGAGGGGGAGGAGGUGCUGGGUCACACCCAGGGGCUGUGCGUAGCGGGGGGGGAGAGAGAGGAUGAGAAAGAGGGUGGGAGGGAGGAGGUGGCGCAGGGGAGGAGGGAGGGUGCGAGGGAGGGGGAGGAGGUGCUGGGUCACACCCAGGGGCUGUGCGUGGCUGGCGGGGAGAGGGAGAGUGGGAGGGAGAGGGAGAAUGGGGGGGAGAGGGAGAAAGAGGAAGAAAGAGAGCGUGGGGAAGUGGUGCAGAGGGGGAUGGAGAGCGGGAGGGAAGGGGAGUCAGGCCUGGGCGAUGAGUGGCGCUGGUUCAGCUACUAUAAGGCGCUAAGCGUGCUUGAGAAGCUGCCGUUCCGCAUCGUCUCAGCCCAGCAGGUGCAGGGGCUGCCCAGCAUAGGCUCAUCCCUGCAGGGCAAGAUUCAGGAGAUACUGUCCUACGGCAUGAUCAAGAAGCUGCGGGCGUAUCAAGCAGACGACAUGGUUCGCACCCUCUCUCUCUUUUCGGCACGGUCCGGGGAGUUGGCCCCCGCACCGCCCGCCGGUUCUACUCCGCUUACCACCGCUCGCAGCACUGCCUCUCAUGCAUUCAAUCUCCACACUGUCCCUUCCCUUCUCUUUCUUCCCCUCUCUCCCUCCCCCACAGGCCACCGCUCGCUUCGCCAGCUGGCGGGCGAUCCCGGCCUCACGCCAACUCAGCAAAUCGCGCUGCGGUUCCACGAUGAUAUGAACAAGCGAAUCCCGAGGGAUGAGGUGGCGGCGAUGGCAGCUCUGGUGGUGAAGGAAGGAGAGGCGCUGCAGCCAGGGGUGAGUGCAGCCAGGGGUGAGUGCUGCGAGGGGUGGGUGCUGCCUGGGGUGAGUGCUGCCUGGGCCACUGCGACUUCCUGGAGAGGCUGGUGGGUGGGUCGACUGAAGCACGUGGGCAUGGUGACAGAAGGCCUGGUGGUCCCCUCCUUCUUUCCUGUCCCUGUGUGGUCCCCCCAACCCCACACCUUCCUCUCUUCUCACCACAGCCACUGCAGCUUCCUGGAGGGGCUGGUGGGUCGACUGAAGCACGUGAGCUUGGUGACAGAGGAUCUGGUGGUUCCCUCCUUCUCCUUCUCCUCCCGAUCCCAUCCUGCUGUGCGCCGCGCCCCCACCCUCACAUCUCCCUCUCAUCUCACCAGAGUCAUCGGGGCUUGCCACCGUGGCUUCUUGGACAGACUGGUGGGUCGACUGAAGCUCGUGGGGUUCCUGACAGAGGACCUGAUGGUCGGCACACACCACUCGCAGCAGGUGAUGCGAGGUUGCAAGGCUGUGAAAUCGAACGUAGCUUUGGAGAAGCUGAUGGGUCUACUGAAGCACGUGGGGUUCCUGACAGGGGACCUGGUGGUCGGCACACACCACUCACAGCAGCCCCACGGGGAGGGCAAGGGCGUUGACACCUACUUUGGGCUGUGCAGGCAAGCAGGCAGGGAGCAACGGCACCGGAUAGACUUCAAGGUACCAGGCACAGCAGCAGGCAAGUCAGUUUCAUGCGGGAGUGAGAGAGCAGUGUUUGACUUCUUGGGACUGCCGUGGCUGGAACCUCACGAGCGCAACCUCUGA